UCAUUUCGUAUGCAAAUAAGAUGUUGCCAACGCCAUCUUACAAUAGGAUAUUCUGACUUUACGGAAAUCCAUUUAUAUCUCUCUUACGGCGGGCAAUCGCCGGAUUUUGACUUUAAAUAAGUGAUAAACAGACAUUGAAGAUGGCUUCGCCCGACGGCAAGCUCUCUACGACAGAAAGGGUUGUGAAAAGUGUGCCAUUUCCUCCUAGUCACAGACUUACUAUGAAUGAAGUGUUUGAUGCCAAAGGUAAACCUCGUCCUGAUGUUCUUAAACAACAUUUUAUUCUCGAAGGCAAAGUCACAGAAGAUGUUGCUCUGCGUGUCAUUAAUGAAGGUGCUGCCCUGCUACGGCAAGAAAAAACCAUGAUUGAUAUUGAAGCGCCAGUCACAGUAUGUGGAGAUAUCCAUGGCCAGUUUUAUGAUCUGAUGAAGCUUUUUGAGGUGGGAGGGCCCCCAGCAACCACACGCUACCUCUUCCUUGGUGAUUAUGUUGACAGAGGCUACUUCAGUAUAGAGUGUGUUUUAUACCUGUGGGCUUUGAAAAUCCUGUAUCCCAACACAUUCUUUCUAUUGAGGGGUAAUCAUGAAUGUCGGCACUUAACAGAAUACUUCACAUUCAAACAAGAAUGCAAAAUUAAGUAUUCAGAGCGGGUGUAUGAUGCAUGCAUGGAUGCAUUCGACUGUCUGCCACUUUCAGCUUUAAUGAAUCAACAAUUCCUUUGUGUCCAUGGUGGGCUUUCUCCAGAAAUUCAUAAUUUAGAUGAUAUCAGAAAGUUGGAUAGAUUUAAAGAACCUCCAGCAUUUGGUCCAAUGUGUGAUUUACUCUGGUCAGACCCUUUAGAAGAUUUUGGCAAUGAAAAAACAACAGAACAUUUUACACAUAAUAGUGUUCGAGGUUGCUCAUACUUUUAUAGCUAUGCAGCUUGUUGUGAUUUCUUACAACAGAAUAAUUUAUUAUCAAUUAUACGAGCACAUGAAGCACAAGAUGCAGGUUACAGAAUGUACAGAAAAAGUCAGACCACGGGAUUUCCUUCAUUGAUAACUAUCUUUUCUGCACCAAAUUAUUUAGAUGUUUAUAAUAAUAAAGCUGCUAUAUUAAAAUAUGAAAACAAUGUGAUGAACAUUAGACAGUUCAACUGUUCACCUCAUCCAUAUUGGUUGCCAAAUUUUAUGGAUGUUUUUACUUGGUCAUUACCAUUUGUAGGAGAAAAAGUCACCGAGAUGCUUGUAAAUGUAUUGAAUAUUUGCUCAGAUGACGAGUUGAUGAACGAUAUCGACGACACAUUCGAAGAUAAAACAAAUACAAGUGCAUCUACAAAUGAAGACAGUGAUCUUAAGAGUGGAGCAGUAGCAGCUAGAAAGGAAGUCAUACGAAACAAAAUACGAGCCAUUGGCAAGAUGGCCAGGGUAUUCACAGUCUUACGAGAAGAGAGUGAGAGCGUACUUCAGCUGAAGGGUCUCACCCCAAAUGGUCUGUUGCCCCUAGGAGCUCUAUCGGGAGGCAAAGAUACACUCAGUAGUGCACUUGGUGGAUUUAAUCCCUCACACAAAAUAAGUGGCUUUGAAGAGGCAAAAUCUCUCGAUAAGUUGAAUGAACGUAUGCCGCCUCGUAAAGAAGUGCAAGUAAACAAUUCCACAAAGAGCUAGGAGAACAGUCAGAUUUAAGAUCGAAAGUGAAGGCUCUUCCUUAGAAAACAACGCAAAACUUAACAGUGAGCUUAAAGCCAUUCUGAACAGUUAAAUAAACUAGUAAUAAAUGGAUGAAAAAGCUUUAUAGACAGGGUGCACUGCCUUGCAAAGUUGUUCAUGAAAACUGAGGGUGGCAUAGUUCACGACUGGAUGAGAUUUUCGUUUCACCUCAGGAGAGAGCCUUGUACUGCUCUGCUUAUUGCAGGGAGUAUUUUCUACAAAUUCUGCUGAACAUGGAGAUAUUGCCUAGUACUGUAUGUGAAUGUUUACGUCAUUUCUGGGACAUUGUCACUAUAUUUUACUUUACCAUGUCACUGGAAUUCAUGGCGUUUUUACUUGAUUGACAUUGUACAGUCAUGAUCUACAAAGUUGACUUUCAUCUAGUCAAAGUUGAUAUUUUUCUACUUUGUUAUUGUUGGUUCAGUGUUUUUCUGUUAUGCAGACAGGUUAGAUACAGUGAUCUGUGUUUAGUGGUGCGGGUGUUUGAUGAGGUUAGAUGACGACUCAAGACCCUCAACAUGGCAGCAGUGAGGGCUGUUUGGGUCAUAAGUGAUCUAACAUAGUCUGUCUGGCAUUUACUUAAUACAUUUUGAUGAACAUUGCUCCAGUGACAUUUAUACAGAGCAAAAAAAAAAUGUAUGAAAAAGUGGAGUGGUUUUAAUGCAUUUUUUUCUUCUUGAUUAUUUAUUUUUCAUUUGAAUCAAGAAUGAUCUGUUGUUGUUUACCUCCUGUAGCUGCUCAUGAAUAGUCUGGCAUCAGGAUCUUUGUGUACUUCAUCAUAUCAUUGUAAUUUUGGUAGCGUAUGUCAAACUGUGAUCGUAAACCCACAAACAUGUUUUUGUUACUGUCAGAAGGGAUUAUCUCAAGGUAAUUUAAUCCAUUCUGAUAUAUUAUGAAAAUACAACAGAAAUAGAAUGUUGUACCAUAGUACAACUUAAUGGAGAGUUGGCAACAUCAUCAUAGAAACGUGACCGAACUGUGUAAACAAAUUUUUAGUUUAUUAAUGAUGUACAAUUGUAUAUAACUGUUUAUCAGUACUUAAAUAUUUAUAUUAAGGUUGCUUUUUAGCAAAAAGAACAAAGUUUUUCAACAAGUUUCAUUCCUUAUUAAGGAAAUGUUAUGUAUCUGUUACAUCGGAGGAUGAAUCUGUGUGAAGGAUUGUUAUCAAUGUUUGGUUUGAUAUCCCCCUCCCCAUUUCCCUCCCUCCCUUUUUGAUAUAUGACUGUGAUAAUACAGUUGAAUGGCUUUGUGUACUGUUAUCAGGCAUAAUAACACACUGGUCAACAUAUAUGGUAUAAUGAAUGAGUGCAGCUUUUAAAUUUCUAUGUGUAUUUUCUUUGUUAAAUGUAUUGUAUUGUAGGAGUCCCUUUGGAACUAGCUCACUCAUGAUUGUGUGUGUUUCAAAAGCAUAUUAAUUAAGGUCUUGUAUAGUUUAACAUGCAAAUAUUCAGUUGCUCUAUUUUGAUGUUUUUGUUUUAUUAAUUACUGUUGGAACAUUGCAUUGAAAGGAAUAUGUUAGAUAAACUGUUAGUCAUUCAGUGCAGGAUCAAAAGUGAUUUUUUUUAUAGAACAUGGCUAAGUUUUAGUUGACCAGUGUGGUAUACUCAAGUUACAGAUAAUUUUAUCCCGUCAUUCUAGUUGUUACAAAUUUUUGCUCCUUUUUCCAUUAAAAAGAAAAUAAUGUGAAAUGUACAUAGCUUUUCAAUGUGAUGCCUACAUUUCAUAGGAAGUUUAGUCCCCAGUUCUCACAGACAUGGAUCAUACUGCUAUGAAGACAAAUUACUUCAUUCAAAUUACAAAAUUUAUUAUUUUGACUUUAAAUAUAUUUUUGACAUGAUAGCAUUUUCACUAAAAUAUGGAUUGCAAUUUUGGUUAUAUACUAGGGCUUGACAAAUUCAUUGAAAGUAAGUUGUCCUGCUUGACACACUGCUUAGGAUUUUCUCAUCUUGUUAUUGUAAUAUUUAUUUGUCCUGCAGUUCCUCUUGUAUUGUAUAACUUGUUAUGCAUGUAGUAAAUAAACUUUCAAUAUUUAUGUUUGAGAUGUUCAACUCCGGUGUCUGUAUUUUCAUUGAAUAUACAUUUUUGAUCAAAAAUCACACUUAACCAUGCAGGAUGAGUACUACAGCAAGUUCCACUUGCCCGCAGCCGAUUUCUAUUUGUAUUUACAAGCAGAUUAGUGGAUUUGACAAGCCCUGUGUAUUUACAGUUUGUUAUUAUGUCUCCCACCACACAGUGGUGUGGGAGACAUAUUGGUUUAUUCCAGUCUCUGUGUGUGUCUGUCACAAAGCUUGUCCGCACUCUAAGUCGAAUAUUUCUCAUCCGAUCUUCACCAAACUUGAACAAAAUGUGUUUGGCCAUAAGACCUCAGUCAAGUUCGAUAACUAGCUAAAUCGGCCAAGACACUUCGGAAUUAUGGCCCUUGACAAUAAUUUAUGAAUCACCUAGAUGCAUAAAAAUGCUGAAGACUUCAUUCUCAAACAUGCACCAAAAACCAUUCAUCUUGUCCGCACUCCGAGUCGAAUAUUUCUCAUCCGAUCUUCACCAAACUUGAACAAUAUGUGUUUGACCAUAAGACCUCAGCCAAGUUCGAUAACUAGCUAAUUCGGCCAAGACACUUCGAAAUUAUGGCCCUUGACAAUAAUUUAUGAAUCACCUAGAUGCAUAAAAAUGCUGAAGACUUCAUUCUCAAACAUGCACCAAAAACCAUUCAUCUUGUCUGCACUAAGUCAAACAUUUCGGAUCAGAUCUUCAUUAAACUCGAACGAAAUGUGUUUGCAAAUAAGACCUUGGCCAAGUUCGAUAACUAGCCAAAUCCGUUAAGACACUGAGGAAUUAUGGCCCUUGACAAUAACUAAUGAAUCACCUAGACUGAUAAAAAUGCUGAAGUCCAAGUCAGACAUUUUUUUUCCGAUCUUCACCAAACUUAAACAAAAUGUGUAUGACCAUAAUUCCUCUCCCGGGUUCGAUAACUAGCAAAAUUGGCAUAGGCACUUCAGAAUUAUGGCCCUUGAAUUACUGAAAAUCAGCCGUUUUACUCUUCAAAGGUAUAUUUGUUGUGACUAAACAGUAUAAAAACACUGACUUAGUGUUUAGAUGAUUAGACAGUUGUGGGAGACAUGCGCUUUUCUCAAAAGUAGCUCUAGUUUCAUAGUAAAUUUAUAUGCAAAGCUUAAUGCAUAGUGAACUGUUCAAAGUUAUUCAUAUGGAUAUAUACAUUAUUUCACAUCAUGUUUGUACAUCUUAAUAUAUAUACCUACCAGUUUUUAAGAGGUAGGGAGUGUAUAUGUCAUUACAUGCUAAAAGUAACUGAUUCUUCUUACCAGAUAUAACUUCGAUAUUAUUCAUUAAAUGUAUAUUUCAAGGCUUCUUUUUUAAUCUGAAAAUUAAUUUUUUCUUGGUUCAGUCCCCGCCUAAUAUUUGUCAUUCAAUUUAAAUGCCAUGAUACUUUGACAUUUAAAGGUUUCUUUUCCAGUUAAUACAGCUUUGAUAUAGCCGGGCAUAAUUUAUUAAUAUCUUUAAAAAUGUUGCUGUUUUCAUGAAAUCUGCUAAUCAUAUCUUUAACAAUUUGAUGUUUAUUAUAUUUUGCCUUGGAAAUUAUUAGGCAGUUUAGGUUGAAAGAGAUUUAUGUUUCUUAGAAAUUAAUCCUGUAUGCUUACUGUACCAUUAUUAUUAUUAUUAGCAUUAUACUGAAGUACAAUAUUUAAGUUGUAUUUAUUAAUUAUGCCCCUCUUGUUUGCUGAUCUGUAACCUUUGGUUCAAUAACUGAAGAAUGCUUUAUCCUACAUUCAUCAGACUGCAAAGUGUAAUUUCAACCCCCAUUAACAGCCGAUGUUUCCAUCUGUCCGUACACCUGUGAUAACUCUUGAAAUAAUGGGCCUUGAUCUAGUCAAGGUCACAGUUUCCAGUCGCUAACUGGAGAACACUUGGGUCCUUAAACUUAAUAGGAGGAUUCCUGUAUUUAGUAGAUGACCUUGUUUUGGUUUAAGGCCAAAGUGACAGAAUACUCGAGGCUGAAAAUUACCUACCCAGUUACCUCAGUCCUGCCAUCAGUAUGGGCAUAUGUGUUUUACUUAACAGUUUUGUUUAUUUAAGAAGCAGCAGUGUGUAGUACUUAUCUCUAUAUAACAAGGACAGAUCUGUUUCUGAAAUUUUGAACAAAUGUUGGUACAAAAUAUUGCACACUAGUUUAGCACUUGUUUUUUUUUUUAUUAUUAUUAUUUUAUUUUUUAUUAGUAUUUGUAUGUAAUUUUUGUUUCAAGUGUUUGAAAUUAGCUACUUCCAUACAAAAAUUGGAAGAAGACCACUAAUACAGUUAAAAGAUAUUUUAAUCAGGAAAUAUUUAUGGAACAAUUAAGAUGUUUUGGCAGUUUGCACCCUGAUGGAAAUUCAGUUUAUACAGAAGAAAUCAUGAAGUAUUUUCAGCAUUACAGGUUUUAACACCUGAGAAGCCAACUACUUAAAUGUUUAUUUUGAUGUAAAUGAGAUGUGAAAUCAAAAUUUGUAGUCCUGUUUGGCGCCAUAUAACCUAUACUGUGAUGGUGCACUGUAAAACCCAAAUAAAUAAAAUAAAUAAAUACUUAAAAACUGCCUGAUAAUAAUAAACAUUGUCAGUCAUGUGUUAUUUAGAUUAUGUAUAGUUUUAUUUUUGUCAACUGUUUCUUUUGCAUUGUAUUUAAAAAGAAAAUCAAGGGGGUCUAAAAUCCUACUUUUAAUGAUUUAGAGAACUGCUUUGAGAAAGUGCAAACCCUUGUACAGCUAUUUUUCAAAUAGAUUUUUAUUAUUGAAUUAAGGUGCAAUAUCGAUAAUGUGUGUAUAAUAUUGUUACAUAGUAAAUGUGCUCCUUUUUUGUUUAAUUUUUAAAAUUCUACCUAUAAAUACUAAAUAGACAAAAUAAGCAUUUUUCUUUAUAUUUUCAUGUUAAGAAUAUAAUACAUAUAUAUAUAUGUAUAUAAUAAUUAUUACAUUGUUAUAUAAAUAGGAUUUUGGUGUUGGUUUAGGGCUAUACGGAUAGAUGAUUGUUGCACUGUUUGAGUGUGUUUAAGAAAUUGUUAUAUAAUAAUUAAUUAUUAUUAUUGGAAAUUCCAUUCAUUUUUCUUGAAUCUGUUUGAGUGGCUAGUUUCAUGUUGCGGCAGUUAUUCAGUGAAUUGUUCUAAAUCUGUUAUUGUAUACUUGUGCAAGACUGAAAUUUGUAUAAAAGUUAUUCUUCCAAAGAAAAGCAGAUGUUGCUUACCAUUAUCUCCUUGAAUUCCAAAGAUUUCUGAAAACUUACUUCAUUUCAUUUGUGAACAGUCCCAGAGCUGUACUUUAAAUAUGGCAUUUUGUCCUUAUUUUGUUUAGAAACUACUGUUUAUUCUUCUGGUGAAGUUAUGUCCUUGCAGUAUACACCAUGCAGUAAAUGAAUGCAUGUGAAUGAUAUGAGCCGUGCCAUGGGAAAACUAACAUAGUGGCUUUGCGACCAGCAUGGAUCCAGAGAUCCAUGCUGGUCGCAAAGCCACUAUGUUGGUUUUCCCAUGGCACGGCUCAUAUGUAAAUACACGUUAUGUCUGGCAUGCAUGUAUAUUGCUUUACUUACUGUAAAGUGCAAGUUAAAAUACCUGGCAAAUUAAUGCAUGACCAUUUUGCUGAUCAUGCUAGAUCCAGGAAGGUCAGUGGCUCUAAACAGGUGCCUGGAAAUGCCUUCAAAAAUUUUUUAAAGAAAUUUGGCUUUUUAUCUUUGAUGUCCUUGAACAAACUUCAAUUUUAAAAAAUGUGGAACCAAAAUUUGUAGUCCUGUUUGGCGCCAUAUAACAUAAACUGUGUUGGUGCGCCGUAAAACCCAAAUAAAUAAAAUAAAUCAAUUUUAAAAGAUCAUUCUUAGUCCAAGUCUGGAGGCAAGUGUUGAAACUUUGUACACUUUAAAAGAUAUAAUUACUUUAAAUAUUUUAUUUAUCUGAAGUUACACUUUAAAAAAACAUACUGUGAAAAUGAUUCUGAAUUAUAAAGAAUAGGAUAAUAAUGAUGCUUGUUUUAUAUAAGCAGUAAGUAUUAUUUGUGUAUGUUAAAUUCCAAUAAUUUUUAUGUGAAUGAAGGAAAGGAAAGCUUUCAGGCAUCAAUUAUAUUAUAUUAAAGUAAAAAAAAUAUUACAAAAUUGUUGAAUAUGAACAGCAUGUUUUCAUUUGUAUGUAUUCAUUUGUGUAGCCCCUGAGAAUAACAGGUGUCCCAGACUCACUUCCCAUCCACUUGAUGAUGAAUGAAAGUAUGGACUGUUUUAACGUAGGUGAACAUUACAGUGACAUGUACAGUACAUGGCCCUGGCGUAUUUGCAUGUCAAGAAUCUAGUAGCCAGCCCCUGUGCAAUAGUCCUUCCACAUUUCACCAUCAUAACAAAAGAUUUAAUUAAAGUUACCAUAUUAAAUCUGAGUAUACUUUAAGUGGAUGAUGGGUUGUGCACAUAAUUACACACAGGCAAAAUUUCAGAGGUAGUGAAGUAGUCCAUGUACAGCUCAUAUAAAAAUGAAUUUAAUUCUGAAUGCAAUAUUUAAAGUUUUAAGUUUAUUAAAGUUAAUCCUUUUGAAAAGUUACCAAAAAAAAUUCAUAUUUGAAUUUUGCAGAUCUGUUGCCAAAACAGCGAACUUAACAUUGAAAAAAAUCUGUUAAUAUUGGAUCCUUUUAAAUACUGCAAAUAAUUGAUGUUAAAAACUGAAGUUAAAAUAUUUUUAAAAUGUAUUUCUCACAAAUAGAAGUAAGAUAAAAGAUCCCAGGUUUUUUUUUUUUUCGGCCUUUUUUAUAGCCGUUAUUGGGCUAUAUUACCAGUUGCCAAUAAGUAUGUAUUUUUCCCAAAAUGAGUAUAAAUAUUCCCUAUCUACAUUCUGAAAAAAAUUUCAUCAAAAUUGCACAAACAUAGACCAAAUUAUGUACAAUUUUGUAAUGGCAGUAUGUUAAAGAGUUUGUACAAUGUGAAACAAGUGUAUAAGAAAGUACUUAAACACAUCCUUACUAUAUCCUAUGGGACUAAAUAUUUCCCAAUUUGGAACAUUUACGCAUCAAAAUUCCCAAUAUUGGGGGUAUAGGCUAUGUUCCCAAAACAAAGAAAAAGCCCUGAAUCCAAUGACAGUUUGUAUUUUACAAGAUAUUCGAGGACUACUGCACUGGGGCUAGUACAGCACAAAUUUAGGGUUGAAGUCAAAAGUGGUCUGUGUGUAUAUAAACAGUGAAGCAUUUAGACUUGUGUUAUUGUUCACCAUGAAAGUUUCCACUCAUCACUUUGAGCUUGUAUUUGUGAAAAGCAGCAAAAUUGUAUCAAAUAUGUUAUAUUCAUUUAUACAGGAAAACAAUGAAUUAAGCAUCGUUUUUAUCAGUUUUAGAAUAGCAAGUUAAAUAGUUACUUGUUUCAUUUGUUUUUGAAUAGUAUGCAUUACGUUUUAAAUUUAUAUAAGUCACUUCAUAGCUUUAAAAUAUUUUGUAGCGUGCAAGUUGAUACAUGAUACUUAUAUCUCUUGUUGUUAGCACUGGGUAACAAGCAGUAUGCAAAUAGCUUACAGCUUUUAUUACGGACGUUUAUUUAGCUGGUUUGUUGGCAUUUGAUGCCUUUUUGCUACUUAUAUAGCUGUGAAGAAAACAUUCCAGUUACCUCAUGUUUUUUGCCAGUAUAUUUAAUUGGCAGUGUUUACUUUUCGUUUGGUGAUUUUCAGUCAUUGCAUUUUUGGGAUAUUUUUCCUUCUUUUUGUCCAAACAAGUAGGUGUUGCUAUAUGCUGGUCAAAUCUGAAAUUUGACCUUUUCAACGGAUGUUUUUUUUUCGUAAAGUUGAAAAUUUUGAUGUGAUGUGAAGAUAAUAAUACCCAAAUGACUAGAGAUAAUGGCAGCAUGUUGACAAAAAUAAGCCUGCUUUUCACCUCAUUAGCGUUUCUGUUGCUGUAUCUGGGUGUGUUUAUCUAUUAUAGAGAGGGUUAAUUAAAAGGGGCAUAGCCGGUGCAAUAGUACCAUUUAAAUUGGCCUAAUUAGCAACUAGUACAGUACAAAAUUGCUAGUAUCUUAGUAAUAAUGGUAGGAUUAGCAGUUUUGUGCUUACUGAUGAAUGCAAACCCCGAAAUCAAAAUCUCUUUUGACUGUGCAUGAUAAAUCUAUCUGAGAUAUACCACGGGUACAUUAGGGUUUAGAAAACAGUUUUUUUUGUGGAAUGUUUUGUGAAACAACGUGGUACUGUAUUAAGCUGUGUAACAAGUCUGAAAGUUUCGUUCACACAUGGUAAAUAUUUUAGGAAGGGCAGUCAGAAGUUUCUGCAUACUGAAAGAAAAAACAGUUUUGCACUAGAUGUUGACCAGAUGAAAAAACUAAAUGUUAAUAGAAGCCUAAUUUUAAAGAUAAGGUCUCUUAAAUAUACAGAAAAACUUCUAGCUGUAUAUGUAAUUUUAGAUGUUGCAAUAGGAAAUGGUUUUUGUCCAUAGUCAUCAACAUUGUCUACAUAAAUCAACAUGCUGUUUUUCCCUGGGAACUGCACACAAAUCAUUAUUUUGUGUGAGAAGUAAGUCCCCAACUAUGGAUAUUAAUACAUAUCUGAGCAACAUUAGUAUUGUAAAAUUUCUUUAUAAUAAUAAGGAAAAAGUUUAAUACAGGUAUUGAAAUAAAUUUAAGGUGAAAAGUAUUAGUCCUGAACUUAGUCAAACCAAAAAAAUGUUUUUGUUUUUAAUUAAAAUAUUAAACAUGUACUGAAAUAAAGGGUAUAUAUUUACAUGCAUUUAUGGAACAUUCCCCAAGUGUGAAGUUCAUGAGGAAUUUAACUGAUACAGGCAUGUACAAUUAAUCCUUUGCUCAUAUGUGUUGAUAUAUUCUGUUUUUAGAAGUAGAUUUCAAAUGUAAGAAGAAAACGUCAACUUUAUAGUGAUAAAUUAGUUCGUGUGGAUUUUUUUUUAAGAAGUACAUGGUUUUAUUGUAUGCUGACUCGACACUAGUGCUGAUUACCUCAACAUACGGAAUAAAAAUUGUCUCUUGUAUCUUUCUGUAGAGGGUUGGGAGGCUUUGUUUUGACAUUCUUUUACACAUUUAGAUGAAAAUUAGAAUAGUCUAGUGAUUCCAGAAUAGUAGCUAUAGAUUUUUAUUAAAUUAGAAAAAAAAAUAAGGCAAAGAUUUAUUUGGGUCUUAUUGGUCUUGAAAACUACCAUGCGGCGCUAGUUUUGAGUUUGUUAUACUAGAACUGUUUUGUCUGUAUGUAUGAUAAUGUAUUUUAUUUUUAUAAUCUGCAAUAAUGCACUCAGUAAAUACAGCCUUGUGAAUAGUUUUCAAUUGUAAUGCAAAAAUUUACUAUGUAAUUUUCCUUAUUCAUUUAGAUUAUUAAAUUUUUCCAUUCAUGUCUUACGUGAACUGUGUACCCUGUUGUAAAUCAUGCAUGUAUUCUUAUUCAUAAAAUUUUCCGUGUUGAAUUAAAUCUUAUACUUUUUUCUUCA